GCCAGAGUGUUGUGAAUUUCCUGUACGAUUUCGUUCAGCCAUUCCAAGGCCCCCACCCUGGUUUCACGCUGUUGCCUGGACGUCCUAUGGCAGGUAAAGAGAGUGUGAUGUCUGUCACAGUGCCAGGCUUGGCUCAGUACCCUGGCCUUGGGAUCCAGGAGGUGGCUCUGGUCAGCACUUGGGGUGAAGUCCUACUGAAGGAGCCUUUGGGGAACGAGAGCAGCGAUGGCUCCUACCUGGUGAAAUUCCCAACACUGCCAGGCAGCACCUUCCAUGUCCAACUGAAUGGGCAUCGCGAGAACAACUUGGUCUUCAAACGCCAAUCGCCAACCCUUACCACAGUCACCAACACCGUGGUGAAGGUCAGUGCUGAGCCGUCUGUCAAGGUCGGAUCCCGUGGGAAUAUCUCGUUCACCAUCUCGAACACUGGAGCUCUGGUCAGCUAUACCAUCUAUGUCAUAGACAACCACAAUCUGAUUCAGUUCGCUCCCCAGAGAAUGUUCCUGGACAGGAAUGAGUCGAUGGAAGGUACUGCAGUAAUCUCGGUCCCAGAGGGAACAGAGCUGGGCACAGUAAUAACACUGACAGUGGGGGCAAUGUCAGACAAUGACCUUGCUUACAAUAUUCAGGAGGUGACUGUCGUUAGUCAGGUACGAAGGGAUUAG